CAAGUCUCCUGAAUUAUGAAUUUUUAUGGUUGCUUUUUAUUUCAAGCAUUUAAAAAGUUCAUUUCGAAUAAACCUAAGGAAAAAAAAACUGAAUCCAUCUAAAGAAAACCCGGAGUGAACAGUAAUUUGCACUUGGGUUAAGUGAAGCCAUGUAAACACUGGAUUGGGAAGGUCCUUGGAUCAGCUUGUGGGAGUCCCAGAUCAGCCUCUGGUUAUAUUGAUGGGGCAGAUGUCACUCUUAGAAAGAAACCAGCCCAGCUCCUUUUUCCUCCAGUGACAAACUCCCAUGAGCUUAAGCAGCUGCAGAACCCUGCAUCCUGUGCAUGGCAGGCACAGGCCAGAGUGUUUUGUAUUCAUGGCUCAUCUGCUUCCUAAUGACUAUCAGAGAAACAGUCCCUCAGAAGCCAGACACAAAGUCAUGUGCUGCAGGUGAGAGGCGGUCUUUAGGUCUUGAUAGUGGAUCCUUAUCCUGGGACACCUGACCCGGUUAGCACAUGUGCAGGGAACAAGGAGGCUUCCUGCACCUCUUGCUGUGGGAACGUGACUCACUCAGCCCAGAAGCAUGGGUGUGCACACUCCAGGAAGUGAACCUUACUCAUUGAGGGUCAGCAGUGUGUGGAUAAGUUCCCCAGUUGUUCCUCCCUCAGAGGAGAGAGUUCCACAAGUCUCCAUGGUUUCUAGGUGGAUGGAGCUUUGUUCACAAUGGUGAUCUGUCUGCCCGGCUAGCUCUCUGUAUCCCAUUGUUCUCUGUCUGUGGAUGGGUGUCAUCAGCUGAGAAGGAGGAAGCCGAUGAAGCCUUAUUGCGUAACCUGCACCUUCAGUUGGAGGCACAGUUUCUGCAGGCAGAUAUCAGUGUGGCCAAGGACAGGUACAAGAAGAAUCUUCUGGAGAUUCAGACCUACAUCACCGUCCUGCAGCAGAUCGUACAGACUGCUCCUCAAGUGUCCCUGGUUACUGGGAUGAGGGAGGAGAAGCUGUUCACAGAACGGGAAGUGGCUGCCCUGCAGAACCAGCUGGAGGAGGGCCGAGAGGCAGUCACCCACCUGCAGGCACAGAAAGCUGAGCUGCAGGCCCAGACCACGGCCCUGGAACAAGCUAUUAAGCAUGCUCAUGAGUGUUACGAUGAGGAGCUACAGCUUUACAACGAGCAGAUCGAAAACCUUCGGAAGGAGAUCGAGGAGGCGGAGCGGUCUCUGGAGAGGUCGUCCUAUGACUGCAGGCAGCUAGCCGUGGCCCAGCAGACGCUGAGGAAUGAGCUAGACCGUUAUCAUCGGAUCAUUGAGAUUGAAGGCAGCAGGCUGAGCUCUGUUUUCAUUGAGACGCCCAUCUCUCUGAUCACCCCGAGCCAUGGGGCCCCUCUCAGCCUUGGAUCCAGUGUGAAAGAUCUUGCCAGGGCCGUGCAGGAUAUUACAGCAGCUAAACCGAGACAGAAGGCCCUCCCCAAGAGCCUUCCAAAAAGAAAGGAGAUUAUAGCUCAAGAUAAGGUGGAGGAAACUCUGGAAGAUGCACCAUUAAAACCUCCGCAGGAGCCAAAGGCACUGCAGGUGGAACGGAAAGCAGAAGGUGGCUCUCAGCCCGGAGCAGGGGGAGGACAUGGAGUAAGUCCCACACAAGAAGGGGGUCCUGAGGAUGUGCCAGACGGGGGCCAGAUAAGCAAAGCCUUUGGGAAACUGUGCAAAGUAGUGAAAGAGAGAGUGAGCGGCCACAAAGAGCCCGAGCCUGAGCCGCCCACGGACCUUUUCACCAAAGGACGGCAUGUACUCGUCACAGGGGAGUCUAGUUUUGUUGACCCCGAGUUCUACUCCUCCUCCAUCCCAGCUAGAGGUGGGGUGGUGAUUUCCAUUGAGGAAGACUCUAUGCAUCAUGACGGCCACGUAGAGCCCUCUCCUGGACAGCCCAUGCCACCUGUGGAGAAUGGACAGGGCGUUCCCCAGGGCAGGGAAGGUGACCACUCAAACCAUCAGCAGGGUACAGACAAGAAUGGGUUACGGGCCAAGGAACCAAAAGACCUGGAGGAAAAAGAUGAUGAUGGCAAGAAGGAAGCUGAGGGGAGCAGGAGACCCUGUCCUGUGAUCAUACCUGGUCCUGAUGAACCAUCUACAUCCCAUUCACAGACGUCUGGGUCCAAUCAGGGUGGACCAGUGGGGCCUGCGAGUAAGAGCAGUAGCCUGCUGGCAAAGGGCCCUUCGAAGGCUCUGUCUAUUAAGAAGGUGGAGGUGGUGGAAUCCAUUGAGAAGAUUUCAACAGAGAGUAUUCAGACAUAUGAAGAGACUUCCGUAAUUGUGGAGACUCUGAUUGGGAAGUCAAAGGGCAACAAGAAACUGGGAGAGAAGAGCUUGCCAGACACAAGGGCUUGAAGGAGGAAAGUGUCCGGGCAGUGUGGGAGGAGGGCUUUGAGAUGGGCUCCUGUUUGGAUUAGAUCAUAGUCAACCUGUCUGCAUUGCAGGUGACCUCCAAUGACCUUCAUUAAACUGCUUUCUUUUUUGCUUGCACCA